CCUCAAAAGACAAUCUAGUUUGAUUACAAACAGUCUUGAUUACAAUCGCUGGCAAUUUCGGAUUACUUUUUGCUGAGUAUAAUUAAUUAAUAAUAGCAAUCCUGAAGAUAAAUAAUACGCGGCCACAUCCCUUGGGUUCUGUGUAAACCACAAUCCCACCAUACGAUCAAAUUACCCAAUAAAGCACUACCCGCGCGUGACCUUAGAUAUCAACGUUACAAUGUCUAUCCCAGCAAGCAACGGCAAGGUCGUUCUCAUUACGGGGAUUAAUGGCUACAUUGGCUCGAAAAUUGGCCUCGACGCACUGAAUCAAGGCUAUUCGAUCCGUGGAACCUCUCGCUCUGUUGCGAGCACUCAUGCCCUCCUCGCGGGGCCAUUCGCUCCAUAUUCUGACCGCAUCGAAAUAUUUGAAGUCCCUGAUAUAACGGCGCCAAAAGCAUUCGAUGCAGCAGUCAAGGGCGUCCAUGGCAUCUUCCAUGUUGCCUCCCCCGUGAACUUUGCCCUUAAUACGUGGGAUACAGUUGUGGUCCCAGCUAUCGGCGGCACAAACACCCUCCUCACUUCUGCUUUGGAGCAGGCUGGCUCACAGCUUGAAGCCGUAGUGAUCACAUCGUCCGUCGCCGCACUAUGGAACCGGGGGUCCCCAGAAGGAUAUGUCACCACGGAGGCCGACGAGAACACCUGGGCUGUUGAGGCAGCCAAGAAUGUAGAUGCAGACGGAAUCCCAGAAGCACAGCGGGGCGGCAUAAUGUAUGCGGCGUCCAAAGCAGCAGCUCUACGUGCCGUUCAAGAGUUCAGAGACACUCGUAAACCACCAUUCUCCAUCAUCACCAUCCACCCCUCCAUCGUCAUAGGCCCUCCCGUCCUCGUCCCCUCAUCGCCAUCCAAGCUCAACGAGACUCUCAAGCCACUCUACUCCAUUUUCGCCGGCCUAACCGGUGUUCUUCCAACAAGAUACGGUUCGGGCGCCACGAUCGAUGUCCGCGACGUCUCCCGAGUUCACCUUUGGGCCUACGAGAAUCACACCAUCGCAAACGGCGAGAAGUACAUCGCGAGCAGUGGCAUCGGCCCAAACCAAGGCAUCGCCGACAUCCUGCGCGCGCAGUACCCCGAACGCAAGAAUAUCCCGAUCGGCGACCCUGAGACGGGUUAUUUGUUCAAGAAGGAUGCGAAUGGCAGGAUUGUCGAGAUUUCGCACGUUCCUGGCACAUCGCGUAUUUCGGGGCAGAAGGCGGUGGAGGCGACUGGGAAGGAAUGGAUCGGCUUUCCCCAGAGUAUUUUGGAUACAGCCAAGGCCUUGGAAAGCUUAAAUGGGGAGGACUAAAAGUCUUAGCUAUGGGGCAGCGUACAUAGAUAUAAGACAUUAUCAUAUGUAUUGGCUUCAUUAAUGAACGACGGGAGUAAUUCGACUAAGCUUUCAAAUCGAAGGUUGUGUGUGCAACACUACAGCGGCUACAAAAGCACGCCUGACAACAAAGCCGACCACAAGACGAUGAUAUACCAGUUUCGCACCAACAACGCGAAAAGUUGUUGCCCCACCUACUCCGCAUCAUCAUAUGUUUGCCAG